UUUAUGUAACGAUAAAAAUGUUGCAAUUGAAUAAUUAUAGUUUAACGACAACGACUACGUUUUAUUAAUUGCCGGAAUCUACUUGAAAAGGACGCCGUAAAAUCGAUGGCCGAAUGUGCAUGCGCAAAUGCUGCGCAUAUGAGCUGACUGAAGGAAACCAAAGAUCACUUCCUGAAAGUUGGUGCUGGUCGGCAUUGCGGUGUUUGUGAUGUCUGGCAGAGCUUUAACUUUCUUGUGUGCACUAAUAUGUAUUUCCCAGCCAGGAAGGCUGGCAGCUGCGUCGCCACCAAACGUUAUCAUUAUGCUUAUGGAUGACAUGGGUUGGGGGGAUCUGGGGGUUUUGGGCCAGCCCUCCAAGGAGACCCCCAACCUGGAUGCCAUGGCUGCACAGGGGAUGCUUCUCCCAAACUUCUACACCGCCAACCCGUUAUGUUCCCCCUCCAGAGCUGCACUUCUUACCGGUAGACUACCUGUCCGAAAUGGCUUCUACACCACGAAUGGUCACGCCAGAAACGCAUACACACCACAGGAGAUUGUGGGAGGAAUCUCCCAGGAUGAGAUCCUGUUACCUCUGAUGCUGAAAAAGAAGGGAUACGUCAGCAAGAUAGUUGGGAAAUGGCAUCUGGGCCACAGAGCGCAGUACCUCCCCCUGAAGAAUGGCUUCGACGAAUGGUUUGGUGCACCCAAUUGCCAUUUUGGGCCCUACAACAACAGCGGGCGACCCAACAUCCCCGUCUACCACAACUCGGAGAUGGUCGGCAGAUACUAUGAGGAGUUUAGUAUCAACAGAAAAACAGGAGAGUCCAAUCUCACACAAAUCUACUUGCAGGAAGGUCUUGACUUCAUAAAUCAGCAGAGUCUGGCCCAACGGCCCUUCUUCCUGUACUGGGCUCCUGACGCCACCCAUGCCCCUGUCUAUGCUUCCAGACGCUUCCUCGGGAAGAGCCAACGAGGCCGCUAUGGAGAUGCGGUGAUGGAGCUGGACAACAGCGUUGGGCAGAUCCUGUCCAGGCUGAGGACUCUGGGUAUUGAAAACAGCACCUUUGUUUUCUUCACGUCGGACAACGGAGCCGCUCUAAUGUCUGGCCCGAGUGAGAGUGGCAGUAACGGGCCGUUCCUCUGCGGGAAGGAGACCACCUACGAAGGGGGCAUGAGAGAGCCUGCCAUUGCCUGGUGGCCCGGACACAUCACAGCGGGCACGGUGAAUUUCCAACUCUCCAGUGUGAUGGACCUGUACACCACCAGUUUAUCUCUGGCCGGCAUCAGCCCACCUGAUGAUCGAGCCCUGGAUGGACUGGACCUGACCCCCGUUCUCCUGAACAGCUCGCACGUACUGCACCAUCGGCCAAUCUUCUACUACCGUGGGAACGAGCUGAUGGCCGUCAGGCUCGGGCAAUACAAGGCCCACUACUGGACCUGGACCAACUCGUUGGAUGAGUUGAAAAAGGGUGUGAACUUCUGUCCGGGUCAGGAGGUCGCGGGCGUUACCACGCAUGAGCAAAAGGAGCACACACUUCAGCCUCUCAUUUUCCACCUGGGUCGAGAUCCCGGGGAGAAGUUCCCGAUCAGUGUUUUGACGAAGGAAUACCAGGAUGUACUCAGCCGCAUCUCUCCAAUUGUGGAUCACCAUAAGAAGACGCUGGUCGCAGGCAUCCCCCAGCUCAACAUGUGCGACGUUGCGGUCAUGAACUGGGCCCCAGCCGGCUGUGAGAAGUUAGGAAAGUGUCUCAAAGUGCCCACUUCGUCUCCCUGGAAGUGCAAGUGGCCGCACUGAGCAAGCGGGAAGCCAAACUUGUCCAUGUGCCGAACUGCAGUUGAGGAUGCAACUUUUGGAACUGUUCAGUGUUUUUAAAUGUGCGCAUUUGUUAAACUCACGUGUAGUAUUGAAUUAGAAUUUUGUUCCAUGAGUUUAGAUUGCUGUUUUUUUUUUAAAUCGAUUUAAUCACUGAGUUGUGGGAAAACACUGUGCCUUCCAACGCUGAAAUUUGUAAUCCUGGAAAUAUCUCUGAGGUCAAACCUGAUUGAUCAACCUUGAGGGAUUAAAAAAAACUUGUUAGUGGUCUUAAAAGUCCACACAUCCUUUGUAUAUUUCUCUUCAUGUGUUUGCAUGCAAAAAUAAUUGACUGAUGGCAAUAUUGUUACUGUUCUUUUUUUUUUUAGUGCUCCGGCGAUCGCUCGCACAACAGUCUGCUGGAUUUCGCCAUUUUGAAUAUCUUAUUUCUAAUGUGCAAACAUUUGACAAAUAUCUUGAAUAAGGUCGGUCCCUAAUAUGAAUUGUGCAAUUUUACAUUGGUGCAUGUAAUUAUUUCAAUGAAAUGUAUGUUUUGAAUACAGUUGAAAUGUUUGGUGGUAUAGUACAGUAUAUGCUCCCACAAAUACACAAGAAACAUGCUUCAAGUACUGAGAUUAAAAAAUAUUUUUUUCUUGGA